AUGACCACGUCACUAAGUGGCGAUCCAUAUGAUGAACAUAUUCCAAUAUUUUCGAGUGACCAUUUCAAGUUUCCCAUUAAUGCUAACAAUGGGUCAGAAAGCAACCGAGUUAUAAAAUUACUACGCACCAGUGAUGCUUAUAUCUCGAAGAGCAAAGAUGACCUACUUCACAGGUAUACGUUGCUCUCGUAUGCAUUGAAAUGCUUGGAAUUUAUUCUACAUCAUUACUCGGAAUAUCUCACUCCACAGCUUGAGCUGCUCACUUACUUGAAAAUAGCUAUUGCAUUAGUUGAAAGCGAAGUUCCAGAAAAAGCGGAGGCCUAUCUAUUGCGACUGUUGAAAUUGUCAAAGAGAAACAACCUCGUAUUGAUAUCCUUCGUCAGCGAGUUUAUAGGAGGACAAAUACUCGCCAAAAACAAUCCAAAAUUGUCCAUAAGCUAUGUCGAAGAAAAAAUAACGAGAUAUGAUGAGCUUGGACUUCACCAACUUUCGGACCUAUUCCGAGUGCUCAAAGUGACCUCGUAUAUGCAUUUUAAUCCAAUAGGGGCUACAAAUGCCUUGCUUACACUCAGUGAACGACAUUCUGUCGAUCCAUUUUUAAGAGGCAUAAGCUUGUUGUACCUUUGCAAUGUCUUAUCAUACACCGACCCGGCAUACGAUUGCAAAGAAAAAUUAGACAAGGCUCAAGAAUUAUUGUUUAAGAACAAGAGAUCCCCGAUACAACUUAGAGCUAUGCUUCUACUUCUCAAGUUUUCCAUUUUAGUGAAAAGUGGCAGCCACGAAGAGUCGGAAAUUGUAAUGAACGAACUUAACGUUUUAGUGUCUGCCCAACAUAGCGAGAAGUGGGUUGAAUGGAAAGAGACAGGUACUUUUCAGAUUGAGCUACCUCUACCAAUUAGUGAUGGGGAGAUCACCACUAUAUUCUGCGAAGCAUCGUGGUUGACGUCCAAUGAGUUUGUUAUUAUUUACUACGCAUUGACCGCUCUUAAAAUGCUUGUACAUAACCCAAAAGGUAACGCAUCCUCAAGGGCCCUACAAUAUUGCAGGGAUCUUAUUGAUAACGAAAUUCAACAGUCUUCGUCAAACGGCGUAUUGAGUUCACGGAUAGCACACUUGAGAGAUACAAUAAUUGUGUACCAGGCGUGGUCCAGUUUCCUCAAAGAGAAGCCCAAUUUCAACUCAGAAAUUGAAGAAAUCGUUCGUGUCCACAAUCGAAAUGAAUUAAAAGACAUAAAGCUGCUCGUUACAGAUGAUACAAUCAGCAAUAUUCUAUAUCUCUUUGGGAUCUCUAGCCUAGCGGAUAAACAUCGAGAAACGGCAGAAUACUACUUCCUGCUAUUGAAAAACAGAAAAAGCGUCGAUGCUAACGUAGGCAAUGAAUGCAUGCGAGCUUACUCUGUGCUAGCACCUCCACAUUUGAGUGGAAUAAGCAAGACUGACGAGCUCAAGGUAUUUUCAACGAUCCACUUAUUACUGUUAUCCGAGUAUCAUGCAACGAAACCUGGCAUUAAUGAUGCCCCGGCGGCAGAAAACUUAGCCUUGAUGUACAUGGAUUUGGACUGCUACGCAAGAAACUUCAAACCUCAAGCUUUCAGUCACAAUGAACUCUCUCGCUGUAUGCCUUUAAUCACUUACUGGGCACUCAAGGAAUUAUUCAGCACGAACAGCAGUGAUUUAGUACUGAACCUUGAAACCAAAAAUUUGGAGGAAAUAUCAAAUUCAGAAUCAGGUCUUGCGUUUACUUCCAUUCUAAAUUUUCUACUCUUCAGGAGAUUUCACGGUGACACGGAAGUGAGCAAGAGAUAUCUUGAGCGAACAUUAAACUCUGUGAAAGGGUCGCUUAUGCUGAGAAUUCAGCGAUCGCUAAACAGGUUUCUCUUGACAUCUUUGAUCGAAGAAUUGAACAGCCAUGCUGAUCAGGAGCUUUAUGAAGAGAUAAAAGUACGGCUAGAUUUUGUGUCCAAUAAUCAAUAA